AUGGAGUCCCUAUUUGCCUCAACUUGCUCGAGCUAUGAUGCGGCAUAUUUAAUAGGGAUAGCUUUAGACUACAUGAUAAACCAAGGAUUUGAUUAUACUGAUCCUUACCAAAUAAAUUCAGCAAUUAGAGCUCAAAAGUUUACUGGGUGCACAGGAGUAGUUUCUAUCGACAAAAGCAGCAAUGACAGAGUUAUGGACAUUUUUGAUAUAAUGGCCAGCAAAAUAGAUACAAAUUCUGGAAAUGUGAACAGCAUACAAAAUGGGUGAAUUUCGCCCAUUUGGUAG